GGAGGGGGAGGAGUGAUCCAGGACACUGGAAUCUACCUUUAAAAUCUGGCGCCUUAAGCUGUUGGCCUCCAGCUAGGCUGAGCUGGCCUCUCCCUCUGUUGCUGGAAGACUGAAGCCCGCUUCCUUCUGGCCUCUGGAUAAUUUUACACCUGGACAUAUUAAUUUGUCAUCUCCAGGAUCCUUCCUCCUAGACGUUGAGUUUUAAGAUCUUAGCUAUUUUGUUGUUCUUGUUGUUAAAUUUUUUUUGUUGUUCCUACUGACUUCUAUCUGACAUGAGUGUGGAUCUCCGCGGUUCCCACAGUCUGCCUUGUAAGGACGAAGCAGCAAAUUCUGGUGACUCGUCACCAAUGCCUGAAGUUCACGGUCCUGAGGAAAACGGUUGCUCACAAGUUGCUGCUGAGAUGCUCCAAAAAGAGAUCGCCUCUCCUUGCCCUUCCUCUGUGGACCUACCUCGUCAGGACAGCCCUGACUCGUCCACCAGGCCCAAACUGAAGCUCACUGGUCCUGAGUCUGAAGAGGACGCCGAGAAGGAGGACAACAAGGUCCACACCAAGAAGCAGAAGAUGCGGACCGUGUUCUCUCAGGCACAGCUGUGUGCACUCAGGGAAAGGUUUCAGAGGCAAAGGUACCUCAACCUCCAGCAGAUGCAGGAACUCUCGGCCAUUCUCAACCUUAGCUAUAAGCAGGUUAAGACCUGGUUCCAAAACCAAAGAAUGAAAUGUAAGCGAUGGCAGAAAAGUCAGUGGCAGAAGAGCAACGGUGUGACUCAGAAGGGCUCUGCGUUUGUGGAGUAUCCCAGCCUCCAUUCCAGCUAUCCCCAGGGCUGUCUGAACACAUCUGGAAGCCCUUCAGUGUGGGACAACCAGACUUUGACCGAUACUUGGAGCUACCAGACCUGGACCAACCCAACUAGCAGUAACCAGACCUGGACCAACUCAGCUUGCAGCAACCAGGCCUUGACCAGCCUAGCUUGGAGCAAUCAGGCCUUGACCGACCCAGAUUGGAGCACCCAGGUAUGUGUAUGGGUGUGUGCCCUGAGGAGGCCAGAGGCAUUAGAUGCCCCCGGAAAUGAAGUUCCAGGUGUUUGUGAGCCCCCUGACAUGGCUGUUGUGAAUCAAACUCCAGUUCUGGAAGACCUAAUACUUAACAGCCGAGCCAGGAGAGUGGUUUUUAUUCCUAAGGAACAGGAAUUGACACAGGAGCGCCCUGCCCCCACCCCAAAGCACACCUAGUGUUUCAGCGAGAGCCUCAGGAACCAGGGUCUCAGCAUUCUCUUGUUUUUGUGUCACCUGGGGAUUAAAUCCGGGGCUUCCUGAUUCUAGGCCAAGGCUCUUCCCUGAGCUUCACCGCCCACCUGCUUGGGGGAUGCCAAGUGUCAUUACAGUUCUUGUGACCAUUCCCAUCAGUGGAGAUGGCUGGUGUCUCAGAGAUGUAUCCUGGCCUUCUCCACAAACUCUAACUACGCUUGCAGAGGCCACUUCAAGUCUUUACAGGGCCGAGGAGAUUCCACCAACCACCCAGGAGGGGGACUGACUUGAGAAAGCCUCCCCAGCUGCAGCGUCCCUCGGCUUUUCGCUUCAGCUUCUCACCAAGGGAGCUAUUCAAAUGCCUUCGUCGUCAUCGUCAACUGAGUCCUGAGGCCCAAGCUGUGAAGCCAGCACUUGGGAGUCACUGACCAAGGCAGCCUGUGCUUCUGACUUUGGAGUCUAUACCGUCCAGUUCUGAAGACUCAGGCAAACUCAAUCCAGCAUGCUUGCUCCCUCAGGUUCAAAAGGAAAUGCCAGCUGAAGGUAGAAAAUCUAGGUAGAUUGAAGUUUCACACUGAUAUAAACUGAAGUGAGUUUCAGACUAACCAGGGCUGCAUGUUGAGACCUGCCUCAAAAGGAACAGCAAAACCCAAAGACUGGGCCUGCAGUAUGUCUCUGGGCAGAGGUGCUCACCACAAGCCAAGCCUGGUGACUGGAGUCAGUCUCUCAGACUCCCACGAUGGAAAGAGAGAAGAAAGAGCUCCAUAAAGUUGCCCCCUGAUCGCCACACAGUGGCGUGCACCCCUCCCCUACUCCCCAAAACAAAUAAAUGUAAU